GCUGUUAGCGUUUCAAAGUACGUGGCAGAACUGUUUCGACAUGGAAGUAACGUUAGCCGCACUAGUCGCCUUGACUUUGUUAUUGGGAGCACUGGUUAUUCUAGUCGCAUUAGCGGUGGGCAGACGAAAAGAAGAACUAAGAGAGGAGAUAGAACAGGCGGCGGAGUUUGCCGCUGAAGGCAGUGCUGUGAAGGGCCCUGCAGCCAAGAAACAGAAGCAGGAGAAACAGCGCAGCCGUAAGGAUAAAGCUUCUCAGCACACUUUCAGCCAUCAGCUGCUGGCAUCCUCACUGAAGAGCCACAGUGGCAACGUGACGUGCCUUGAUUUCAGCAGUAAUGGGAAGUACCUGGCGUCAUGCGCUGACGACCGCACUGUCCGGAUCUGGAGCACCAAAGACUUCCUGGAGCGGGACCACAAGUGUCUGAGGGCCAAUGUGGAGCUGGAUCAUGCCACACUUGUCCGUUUCAGCCCAGACUCCAGGGCGUUUAUCACCUGGUUGGCGAAUGGAGAUACCAUUCGAAUCUUCAAAAUGAUGAAAAAGGAGGACGGCACUUUAAGCUUUAAAGCUGCGCCGGAGGACUUUCCGCAGAAGCACAAAGCCACCAUCCUCAACAUCGGCAUUGCAGAGACAGGAAAGUUCAUCAUGAGCGCCUCCACCGACACCAGCAUCCACAUCUGGGACCUGAAAGGAGAGGUACUGGCCUCUAUCAACACGAACCAGAUGACCAAUUCUUACGCUGCCAUCUCCCCCUGCGGCAGGUUUGUAGCAUCAUGUGGCUUCACUCCUGACGUGAAGGUGUGGGAGGUUUGCUUCGGGAAGGGAGGAGAGUUCAAAGAGGUGGUGCGAGCUUUUGACCUGAAGGGCCACUCUGCAGGAGUCCACGCAUUCGCCUUCUCCAACGACUCUCACAGAAUGGUGACCGUCUCCAAAGAUGGUACGUGGAAGCUGUGGAAUACAGAUGUGGAGUAUAAGAAGCAGCAGGAUCCGUACCUCCUGAAGACCGUCGCCUGUGCGUCGUCUGAAGGCAGCCUGGUGGCCUUGUCUCCAGACGGCCGGGUGGUGGCCAUCAGUGACGGCUGUAACGUGGCCAUGUACGACGCCGCCAGCGGCCAGCUGGAGGAGGAGCUGCACGGCGUCCACAGCGGCGAGAUCACCGACCUUAGAUUUGACAUUAACGGGCGCUUCUUGGUGUGCAGCGGCGACAAGGUCAUCCGAGUGUUUCACAACGCCCCGGGCUACCGGGCGGCCAUCAGGGACAUGCAGGACAUGCUGAAGAAGGCCCAGAAUGAGGCCAUGAAGCAGAGACUGCAGCAGCAGAUCAGGGAGGCUCAGAGCAGCCUGGACACUGUGCUGGCUGCUCCCGUCGACUGAAGCAGCACCAACAAACCUCUCAAUGUGAUGAUUGUGACUCUGCUGAUCCCUUCAGCUCUCCCUCUGCCACCAAAUCUGGUCAGGGAGUCAUGGAAUUUGCAUGCAGUUUUAAUAAAGAAUCUUUUUAUGCAAAGAUCAGAUGGUUUGAGUUCAGAUGUUUUUCUUUCCUGCUCCAUGUCCUGUAACAUCUUGUGUGAUCUCCGCCGUGGUUGAUUUCUGUUUGCCUUCUGCAGCUUUCUUUUAAAAUCCCCUCCAAUCAAAAUGUGUUUGUUCACUGUGACUUUCGUCGGAUGUUUGAGCUUCGCUGUGCAGAGUUUGAUUUAUGAAGGCUGUUUUCACAUUCAUCUGCUGCAGGGGGAAAGUUUCUCUGCUCUGAUGAAACCUGAGUUUAACACAUUAACACUGCAAACUAACAGUGUGAUGUGAAACCUUGAGGCCUUCAGAGCAUAAACCUGGUUUCUAGGUUUUCAGUGAGAGACGAGGAGUCGAUGUAAAGAAUUUUUAACAAGAUUAAACUUAAAUUUUGUCAGACAAAUUAACAUUCAGCAGU